GCUUCUUUAUACCCAUUAUCUUCCAUCAAAAUCAAAAUUACUCAACAAAAACAAAAGAGAGAAUGGGCGUAAUAACAAGACCGCAUCCUUCAUAGUUCAUCCACUUCGACAUUCAUCUUCCUCAAUCGCUACACACUCACAUCAUCGCUUCAUCUCAAAAGCAAAGCAAGUGGUGAUUGAGUGUAGUUGAAUAUGAGCAUUGUUCCGAAAGAGACGAUCGAGGUUAUUGCACAGAGUAUUGGGAUUAACAAUUUAUCUCCCGAUGUUGCUCUUGCUGUUGCUCCUGAUGUUGAAUACCGUAUGCGCCAGAUCAUGCAGGAAGCAAUCAAAUGCAUGCGACACUCUAGGAGAACCACUUUGACGGCGGAUGAUGUUGAUGCUGCACUCAACUUGAAGAAUGUUGAACCAAUAUAUGGAUUUGCAUCUGGUGGUCCUUUACGGUUUAAACGAGCUGUUGGACACAGAGAUUUGUUUUAUAUUGAUGACAAGGAUGUUGACUUAAAAGAUGUCAUUGAAGCUUCUUUACCAAAAGCACCCCUUGAUACUGCACUUACAUGUCACUGGCUUGCCAUUGAAGGAGUGCAACCUGCUAUUCCAGAAAAUGCUCCUGUAGAGGUAAUUUCAGCUCCUUCAGAUAUCAAAAAGCAUGAACAAAAGGACGACAACCUUCCAGUUGACAUCAAAUUACCUGUUAAGCAUGUAUUAUCUAAAGAGCUUCAGCUGUAUUUUGAUAAAGUGGCUGAGUUAACUUUGAAUGAGCCUGAUUCUGUUCUCUUCAAAGAAGCAUUAGUAAGUUUGGCUACUGAUUCUGGACUUCAUCCGUUAGUUCCGUACUUCACAUGCUUUGUAGCUGAUGAGGUUUCUCAUGGUUUGCAUAAUUUUCCCCUUCUAUUUGCGCUGAUGCGAGUUGUUAAUAGCCUUUUGCAAAACCCUUGUAUUCAUAUCGAACCUUAUCUACACCAAUUGAUGCCAUCAAUUGUGACCUGCCUUGUUGCCAAAAGGUUGGGAAGUAGAUUGACAGACAACCAUUGGGAACUUAGAGACUUCACAGCUAACCUGGUUGCAUCAAUAUGCAAAAGGUUUGGACAUGUUUAUAGUAAUCUACAAUCGCGGUUGACAAGAACAUUGCUAAAUGCAUUCUUGGAUCCCAAGAAGGCAAUGACACAACACUAUGGUGCAAUUCAGGGGUUAGGAGCUCUGGGACCCAAUGUGGUUCGCCUUCUUUUGCUGCCAAAUCUUGAAACAUAUAUACGACUUCUUGAACCAGAGAUGCUUCUUGAGACACAGAAAAAUGAAAUUAAAAGGCAUGAAGCUUGGCGUGUUUAUGGAGCCUUGCUGCGUGCUGCAGGUCAAUGUAUAUACGUUCCGCUAAAGUUGUUCCCAGCUUUUCCAUCUCCUGACCCUCAUGCUGUUUGGAAGACCAGUGCAAAUGUUCUUACGUCUCCACCUCAUAAACGCAAGGCAAGCCCUAUGGAAUUGGAACAGCAGCCCCCUGUGAAGAAAGCAGCUACUGAUGGAGAGGUUAGUGUGGUUCUGGCAAAUUCCUCACCAUCUCAUAUGCAAGGUGAGACAGGAACUCAAGCUUCUUCAGUUGAUUCAAAAAUUGGUUCAUCAUCAUCUUCUGGACAGACGACAAAUCAAAAUCAGAUCACUAUCGAUGGUGAAGUUAGAAGCAAGGAGGUUGAUACUCAGGGUCUGAACGCUUCUGCCAUCCUAGCUCAUAUUUGGAAGGAUGAGCUGAACUCAGGACGUAUCUUGUCGUCACUGGUUGAGCUGUUUGGUGAAAACAUCCUUUCAUUCAUUCAGUCUCGUGAGAUGUGUAUGUUCUUGUAACUUAGGGCGUAUUUUAGCAUGUUUUUUAUGGAUAACCUAUAGGUAAUGUGUGAUUUCUAGAACAAACUAAUAUCACUUGGUAUAAAGUAUAUAAUUUUUUUUUUCUGGCGAAUGAAAUUUUACUCCACCAUAA